AUGUCCUCAUGGUAUAAGUUCGAUGGUCGCUGGUUCAGAUUCGAUCGCGCACAGCCUCAACUGGAGUGCCUUCCGGAUAACCAGUCCAAUCGAAAAAUACUUUCGACCAUAGAGCCAGAGAUCACUAUCUCCUGCUUCUCGAUGUCAGGGAGUACUCAGCCUAUCAAAGAUCUCCUGAAGCACAUUCAAGACUCCUUCAAGCCAGAAGCACAGACGCUGAUCUUCCGGGUCGCCAAAAAUGGGAAUGGUUGGAGUGAUCCAGUUUUCCGAGCCGCCCGCAGCAUGGACUCCUUGACCAUGGAACCUGCAAAGAAAGCAGACAUCAUUGGCGAUAUUGCCACUUACCUCGAUCCUAAGUCCAAAGCAUACUAUCUCGACCGUGGCAUACCAUACCGCCGAGGUUAUCUGCUUUUUGGUCCACCAGGAACGGGAAAGACUUCUUUCUCUACUGCACUCGCUGGCCACUUCGACUUACCGCUCUAUGUAUUGUCGUUCACCAAUCCGAAGCUUACCGACAGUCUUCUCGAUUCACUCUUCGAGGACCUUCCGCCACGUUCUAUUAUCGUGAUGGAGGACGUCGAUAGCGCAGGAAUUCGGCGAGAGGUCAUGACCGACACAAGCAAAUCCGAGGACAAGAAGGAAGGUCAAGGCCAACUGACACUCAGUGGCUUGCUAAAUGCGAUCGACGGUCCGGCCUCCGUUGAGGGUCGUGUCCUGAUACUGACAUCUAACAGCCCAGAUUCUCUGGAUCCCGCACUUAUCAGACCCGGUCGAUGCGAUAAAAAGAUCCUGAUGGGCCAUGCUUCGAGACAAGUCGCAGCACUUCUGUUCAAGAAGACAUUCACGAAUGUCGAUGGCAAGCCUGCUGACGGCAUUGACAACUUGGACACUUUGUCUGAGACUUUCGCAGCAAAUAUUCCCGACGACUCUCUCACUCCGGCCGAGAUACAGAACUUCUUACUGACACAUCGCGACUCUCCUCUCAAGGCGAUCGAACUAGCUGGAGAGUGGAGCGCUGGUGUACUCGCGCUUAAGGCUAAUGGUUCCAAUGUUGCAGCAUUCAGUGGCAAUAUCGAACCAUCUUCCGAAUCAGGAGUACUUCCAGUUAGCAGCGAUGCCAGCUAA